AUGACAAACGCAAUUGGUUUAGUCGAAAUAUUCAAUAUCGACUCUCGUUUGUCAAUCAACAAUGUUGAGCAUGUCUCAUUGGAAGCUCUUUUAUCUAUCAUCGACAUCACUUCAUAUUUUGCAUGUUUUCUGGACUUCGUAACAGUCCAUAAACUCUCCCUGACGUGCAAGAGCAUUCGCCAAAUCAUCGCAAAUUUGCAUGAGAAGAGAUUUUUCAAUUUACUGAAGCCGUAUAUGAUGACCGCCGGCGGUGACCUUGCAGAAGCUAUUGAAGACAAUAAUGCUGUCAUUGUUGGCUCUGCAGCACUGUCUCUUAUCUGGUGGCAAGGUCUUUGGAAACCUAGAGAUCUGAAUAUCGUGACUGCUCGGGGAAACGCAGUUGGUAUUGGUUCUUUUUUACUAUCCAAUGGAUUCAUUUCAGAAACCGAGAAAGAAGAUGAAAAAGAAAUUUGGUCAUCAGCCUUCGUAUCCUCUCAUCAUCAAUUCACACACAGUUGUCGAAAGCAACAACGGAUUACGAUAACCAAAAGCGUCAAUGAAACCAUUAUCACCGUGAUUCUGGCUAGCAUUGGCACAUCAGAGAUGAUACCAUCACAAUUGGAGGAAGUCUUAGAAACUAAAAAGGCUCUUGCAAUUCAUCCAAUAAUGAGCGGUGGACGACAAGCAGCACUUUUUGCACGAGAUUGUGAUCGAGCCUUGUUGGUUCCAGUACCAUUGAUGGUCAGAAUUGAUGAGUUAGAAACAACAGAUGAUCUGCACACAUUUUAA